GCAAAAAGUAGAAGAAACAAGCUGAAGCACCGGCACACGUUCUCUCUUUGAAAAUUCUCGAGUCAGAUAUCUUAGCCCUUUGUUUUUCUUAUCAUUCUAUACCUUUUUUCAACUUCUCUUCUUGGAAAUUUCUUCGUUUAGGCUGGAAAUUUGCAAAGGAAAAAAUAGAUAAAAGGAAAUGAUUUAUGACUAAAUAGAAUAUAAUAACAAAAUUAUUUCUUCCUAACCAUGAUGGAAGAAUUUAAAGAAAAAAUAAUUAAAAAACAAAAUUUUUAGUUUCGUAAUCAUCAUUUUUUCUUUGAUUCUUUUCUUAAGAAACAGAGGAAGGAACACGGUUUCUUCUCCUUUAAAAGCGUCUCGGGACUGCAUCGCAUUCCUGUCAAUUUCUUCCAUCUAGACAGCCUUUGUGUCCCUCGUUGGUGAAAAUCCAUUUCGAAAUGUUGAGAUUCAAUUGGUUUUUUGUUUUCAAUUAGGGUUUUCGGCCAGUAAUCGAUCUGGGUCUGCUUCAAACUCUAAAUUUCCGCUUCGCGGAGCCUAAGUUUUCUUCCGAAGGUGUUUUUGGCUGGAAUUUCGAUCUGGGUCUGCUUCAAAAAUUUGCGAUUUCGCGAAAUUUAGAACCCGAUCAGUUCGGAAAAGGAUGGUUUCAUUGUUGGGCUCGGCUUUGUUUCCUCUGACUCUAUCAAAUGGCGCUUCUCAGUCCGCAAGAAAUGCAGUGUCUGGUGGGGGGAGGAUCACUUCGAGUUGUUUUAAGCAUAUGAAGAAGCAGAGAAAUGUUGUUUGCGCUUGCAUGGCGCCUCCACGGGACUUGAGAAGAGAUGAAUCCUCUGCUACCAAAUUCAAUGAUUCAUUUAAAUCAGAGAGUUUAAGCUCUGUACGGGAGCCUGAGGAUGAUUCUGAUGUUCUCAUUGAGUGUAGAGAUGUCUAUAAGUCAUUUGGCGAGAAGCAGAUAUUGAGAGGUGUGAGCUUCAAGAUUAGGCAUGGUGAAGCUGUUGGAAUCAUCGGGCCUUCUGGCACUGGGAAAUCUACAGUUUUGAAAAUUAUUGCUGGACUUCUUGCUCCAGACAAGGGAGAGGUUUACAUACGAGGUAGAAAGAGGGUUGGUUUGAUCAGUGAUGAGGAGAUAUCUGGUCUUCGUAUUGGAUUGGUGUUUCAGAGUGCAGCACUUUUUGAUUCUUUGACCGUUCGUGAAAAUGUUGGUUUCCUUUUAUAUGAAAACUCAAGCAUGCCUGAGUGUAAAAUUUCGGAGCUUGUGACGGAAACCUUGGCUGCUGUUGGCUUAAAGGAUGUUGAGGACCGGUUACCCUCUGAGUUGUCUGGUGGAAUGAAGAAGCGAGUUGCUUUAGCUCGAUCUAUAAUCUUUGAUACGACACAGGAAGCAAUAGAACCUGAGGUGCUGUUGUAUGAUGAACCAACUGCUGGACUUGAUCCAAUUGCAUCUACUGUUGUUGAAGAUCUCAUCCGCUCUGUCCAUAUGAAAGGUGAGGAUGCAGUGCGGCAGCCUGGACAGAUUGCUUCCUAUGUUGUUGUUACUCACCAACACAGUACUAUCAGUAGAGCUGUCGACAGGUUACUGUUUCUUUAUGAGGGGAAGGUUGUCUGGCAAGGAAUGACUCAUGAAUUCACAACAUCAACAAAUCCAAUUGUUCAACAGUUUGCUUCCGGGAGCUUGGAUGGACCAAUAAAAUACUAGAACUUAUACUGUAGUGGUAUAUAUUAGACGAGACAGUCAUUGAUUCUUAGGUGUGGGCAGAGUUUCCAGCAGAAACAGGCCAGAUGAAGCAUGCAAAUUUAGCCUCUGCCCACCAUUUCUGUAGGCUUUCUUGACAAGCAAUCUUGGAGCUCAUCAAUGAAGUUUUUGGCUUGUCAGAUAAGUUGUGCCCUUGCAUCUUUUGUUACAACCUUGAGUCAGAAGUGCCUGCUUUUUAACACACAUGCUGAAUGGGGGCCAGCAGGGUAUCUGCAUUGUCAUCAAUUUCUUGGUAAUUUUGCUUCAAUUUUUAUUUUUAUUUUUUGUUGGAACCUUUUUGGCUCCAUUGCCAGAAAGAUAAACUCAUUCUAAACAGAAAUUCAUUAAAAAAAGAGACAGAAUUCAUCCUCAACAUAAAUUUGUAGAAGCGAUGAUAUUCUAAAGGUUUCACUCCACUUAUCUCUUGGAUUCAAGGUUUUGUUGGUCACUAGCUGCUGGCAUUAUUAAAUACUAAGAAUAUUUG